AUGACACAAAAACCCCCAAUCACAACCACAACCGUGUCUGUGUCCCAACAGCCCCUACCCCCAAAUAUGCCGGGGACCCAGUCAAAUGUUACUACAUCCGCUCCUCCUCCAAUGAGCACGCUCAUAUUCCUCAUGAGGUUAGCCGGAACCAGCCAUGAUGCAUUUUUAGAAGGUAUCAAAAACUCCGAGUUGGCUGACUAUGCCGAACGGGUGUUAUCCGAACCCCUAAAAUAUGCAAGGUAUACCUCUUUAGGCAUCCUCAUCAUCUGCGGCAUCGCCGGCCAAGGUGUCCUGCAAUCGGCUCCUAUUGCUUAUUUCAUUUUAAGCAAUUGCCAGAUACUUGCAGCACUAGGUGUAAUCACCUCAUGGCACAACCUGGUGUGA